AAGUCUCGUAAUUUUAAUAUUCUAAUUAAAUUCCAAUGGACAUAUUUACAAGAAUUUAAAAAGUAUGUGUGUUGUGUUGAUGAUCGUCGGUUUCAGUGAGGAAAGGGACGUAACCAGUUACCAGUGAAACGAAGUGGGGGUUUGACUACGUAACAACGAGAGACAAAACGAGCAAAGGAAUAGUUUGUUGAAGCAAGAGAGCAACAGUCGCACCGGCAAAGUAGGUUGUGGAGGUAGUGAAUUGUCAUGUCUGUCUUUCCCCGUUGCCGCUUGAUCAACACAAAUUUCAUUCGCCCGACAACCUUCUCAUCGCUCUCCAGUAUUACUUUCCUUGACAAGAGGACUUUGAACACAGAGCGAUCCCAACACAGGUCUUUACUUUCCUGCUCAACUAAUCAGUCAAUUAGAACAUUCAGCUGUACUUCAGUAGCCAUGGCUAAAAUCAAGGCGGGGCCAGUAGUGGACAUCUUGGGCGAUGAAAUGACUCGCAUAAUUUGGGAGUCAAUAAAAGAUAAAUUGAUCCUUCCCUACUUGGACAUUGAAUUACACGUCUAUGAUCUUGGUAUCGAGCACCGUGAUGCUACGUCAGACCAAGUGACAAUAGACUGCGCAGAGGCGAUCAAAAAGUACAACGUCGGCAUUAAGUGCGCUACAAUAACUCCAGAUGAGAAGAGAGUGGAAGAAUUCAAGCUCAAGCAGAUGUGGAAGAGUCCCAAUGGAACUAUUAGGAACAUUUUAGGCGGUACUGUAUUCCGGGAAGCAAUUAUCUGCAAGAAUAUACCGCGCCUGGUCACCGGGUGGAACGAGCCGAUAAUUAUUGGCAGACAUGCCUUUGGAGAUCAGUACAGAGCCACUGAUUUCGUGGUACCGGGUGCUGGAAAGUUGGAGAUAUCAUGGACAGGCACUGACGGGAAUAAAAUCCUUCACACUGUCCAUGAAUUUAAAGGAGCUGGAGUUGCUCAAGCUCAAUUCAACACUGAUGAGAGCAUUCGCGAUUUUGCACACAGUUCAUUCGAGUACGCGCUUUCAAGAAAGUACCCUCUGUACUUGUCUACAAAGAACACAAUUCUCAAGAAGUAUGAUGGAAGAUUCAAAGAUAUUUUCCAGGAGAUUUACGAAGCCAAGUACAAGAGCAAGUACGAGGCAGCUAAUAUUUGGUACGAGCAUCGGCUGAUUGAUGACAUGGUUGCUUAUGCCAUGAAAUCUAAUGGUGGAUUUGUUUGGGCUUGCAAAAAUUAUGAUGGAGACGUGCAAUCUGACUCGGUUGCUCAAGGCUUUGGUUCUCUUGGUCUGAUGACCUCGGUUCUGCUGUGUCCCGAUGGCAAGACUGUUGAAGCAGAAGCUGCUCAUGGAACCGUCACCAGACACUACCGUCAGUACCAGCAGGGAAAAGAAACUUCUACUAAUCCUAUUGCUUCUAUUUUUGCUUGGACUCGAGGACUUCUUCAUCGGGCUAAGCUCGAUAAUAAUCAAGCUUUGAAGAACUUUGCGGAGACCCUUGAAAAAGUCUGCAUUGAUACGAUUGAACAGGGCUUUAUGACCAAAGAUUUGGCGAUUUGCAUCAAGGGUAUGGAUAAAGUUAAGCGGUCUGAUUAUCUUGAGACUUUUGAAUUCAUGGACAAGCUUGCGGAUAAUCUUAAAAAAAGUCUUGGGAAAUGAAGCCAAAGUUCGGCUGGGUUUAAAUGUCAUCUAUAGUUCAUGUAUACUUUGUUUUUGUAAGUGUAAUUGUUUUAAAUUUUAUACAAAUUUGGAAGUUUUUUUAUCAUUCCAUUUUUAUGCAUUUUUAUCAUGUGGCAAUAUGGCAAAGAAAAUAUACUAAUUUUUUCAAUUUUAAUAUAUUAAAUAAAUAAAGAUAAUAUAAAUCAAUAA